AUGGAGCUUCACAUUUCCUUACCUCUUCUCGGUGCUUUUAUGGCCCUCCUUCACUUCCUGAUUUAUCCAGCUCUUUUUUCGCCUCUUUCCAAAGUCCCCGCGGCCCACUGGUCGUGCCGCUUCUGCUCAAUAUGGAUAUACUGGUUGAAAUGGACAAAUCAAGAGAACCGCACGGUUUAUGACAAACAUAUGAAGUUGGGAGCUGCUGUUCUUCUUGGGCCGAACCUUCUCAGCAUCAACUCAUUUGAUGGAGUAAAGAUGAUAUACCAGGGUGGUUUCCCGAAAACUGCCUUCUACUUCAAUGGGUUUGCUAUCUACAACACAGAGAACAUCUUCACAUUCAAAGACAAUGCAGUACAUUCCGCUCGCAAAAGAAUGAUCUCCAACACUUUCUCCAAAUCUUUUAUCAUGUCAUCACCAACAGCACGUGCAGCCACUCGCGAUGUCUUGUUUGGAAGAUAUCUGCCUAUAAUUCGAAAAAGCGCCAGUGAAGGCAAACCUGUCGAGGUCCUCGAAAUGAAUUAUUCAUACUCAAUGGAUACUUUCGUGCAAUGGCAAUUCGGCCGUUCACUCGGUAGCAAUCUGCUGGAGGAUGAAAAAGAGCGAAGGUUAUACAUUGACGGAUUUUUCGCCCCUUACCCGUUCCUCUUUUGGCUGUACUACUUCCCAAGGCUUGCAAAUCUCCUUCGCAAGGUUGGCAUCUUUCUGAUUCCUCGAUCUGUUGACGCGAAAUUUGGCGCUGCCGAAGACUGGAAUCUCCAGAAAUGCGAUAGUGCCCAGCAGCUCCUUGUCGGCUCCGACCCUAUUCAUAGCGAUGAUCAGCCUGUCGUCUUCCAGCAAGCUCUGCGGUCAAUGAGCGAGCCCAAGGCUGCCAAAGGUGAAUACCCACGAAGGAUGCAGAUCGCAAGCGACAUGUUUGCCCACAGCUCGGCUGCAUUCGAGACAAGCGGCAACACUGAAACAUAUAUCUUCUACGAGAUGUGCCGGAACCCCGAAUGGCAGACAAAGCUUCGGCAGGAGCUACGCGGUAUAAAGCUUCCACGGCAGGAGGAUUUGAAUAGAAAGGUCACAGUCGAUGACUUCGCCGAGCCAAAAGAUAUUGACUCACUUCCAGUUCUCCAUGCGAUCAUCAUGGAGACCCUUCGUCUAUGGCCUGCAGUACCCGGUGGCCAACCUAGAGUGGUCCCGAAGAUUUGUUCUCUUGAGGGGUACUCUGAUAUUCCAGCUGGCACCGUUGUUCAGUCAUAUGCGUACAUACUUCAUCGCACCCCUGAAGUUUUCCCAGACCCCACCAGCUGGAAGCCCGAGCGUUGGCUUGAUGCUUCACCCGAGGAGCUGGCAAAUAUGAAACGAUGGUUUUGGGCAUUUAGUAGUGGGCCACGGAUGUGUAUUGGUGCCAAUUUUGCAUAUUACUCGAUGAAAUAUUUGGUCGCUGCUGUUUAUGCUAAUUUUACUACAUCUAUUCAUGACCACGGCGAUAUGGAGUUGCUCGACUUUUACCUCGCUGGACCAAAAGGCCACCGAUUGGAGCUGAUGUUCCAUCCAGUGCCUGGCUUGUAA